GAGAGCUACGAUGCGUGCAAUUUGGGGAAGCUCGCCGCUCGCUUGCUCGCUCAGCCGUUGAAUUUCUCUCAGCUAGUCGGAAGGAAGAAGAGGGGAGGGGAGAUGUCUUGCUGCGGAGGAAACUGUGGCUGCGGCUCCGGCUGCAGCUGCGGCAGCGGCUGUGGAGGGUGCGGCAUGUACCCCGACAUAGAGAAGAACACCACCACCACCACCACCGCGGCCCUCAUAGUAGGCGUUGCGCCACCGGCCAAGUCCUUCUCGGAGGGGUCUGAGAAGAGCGUGGGAACAGAAGGAGGACACGGCUGCAGCUGCGGAUCCAACUGCAAGUGCGACCCUUGUAACUGUUGAUCGUAAACGCGAAUCCAGCGCGCAAAUUAAAGCACCAAAAUAAAGAAGUUUUAAGUGUGUCUCCGGGUUUGGGUUUGGGUUUGACUGUAAAAAAUAAGAUUGGCGGCCAUGGAAGAGCUGAGCUAGCUUCUGCUAAGCCCUCGUUUGGAUUGCAGAUAAGAGACAGAUGGAUCGAUCGAUGCUCAGGUCUUGUCCCGUGGGGAGCGUCUUUGUACGUAUGUAUGUAUGUAUGUGUAUGUAUGUGAGUGAGUGUUAAAUUAUUGUGUAUGCUUUGCUUUUGAUGUCUGUGUUAACUGGUUUGUAUCAAUUCUACAAAUUGAUGCCUAUGAAAUAUGAAUGAAGAUUGCGUUCCCGCUGCUCUCUGCAAAA